AUGAGUAAAUCGACGUUCAAAUUUUGCAGUAAAUUAGCUGUUCUACUACUGUGUGUACUUGGCUUCAUUGAAUUGGGUUUGGCAUUAUGGACGGUCCUUGAUCCGCGCUAUCGAAGUUUAGCUUAUAAUCUCGCAGAUGUGGGGUACAUGGAUUUAUGGAUAUUAAGAUACUUAUCCCUUGGUUUAUUUGCUUCGUCGAUUAUUACCUUAGUCAUGUGCUUAGUUUUAGUGUGGGGCUUAUGUUCAACACAUGCAUUUCUAUUUAUCGCUUCGACGAUGAUUGUUGUCAUUGCUAUCGGGGAAUUUACGAUUUCAAUUCUAACGUUUUCAAACAAAUAUCAAUCACGAGUGACAUUAAUUGAACAAUUACCGAAAUUAGUAAUUACUUAUCGACAAGGCACUGAUGAACGUGCGAAACGAGCUUUAGAUAUUCUUCAAUACACAUUUCGUUGUUGCGGCGCUGACGGGCGUUUGGGGUAUCAAAAUAAUGUUCCAUCAAGUUGUAACAUGUUUAGCGUUGGCUGUCUCAAUCGUACAUUAUAUUUUCUCGAUUCGUGCAUGGACGCGUUAGCAUACGUGUUGUUAUUUUUUAGUUUAAUCAAGUUUUUCAUUGUACUUUUCUUCUAUUCAUUUCUGUGUAUGCAUUAUCGAAGUCAACAAAGUCCACCGAUGUAUAAUUCGUCUAUUUCGCGCCCAUCGACUAGUUUAGACUCUUCACCGCGAAAACAAGUCCUUCCACCAAGAAAAGUCGACUAUGAUGAUGAUAAUGAUGACCGACAUAUUGAACAACGACGUUUACAAUCCAAUGAAUAUCAUAAAUCUUCGCAUGAAAACGGUACGACGUCGAUUGUACCAUCGUUCUUGAAUAAUAAAGAUCUAGCCGAGUAUUAUGAAAGACAAUUUGUUUCAAGGAAAUUAUCGUCGAUUUCGGAAAGAACAGAAAAAACUGAGACGGACGAAAGUGAACCGGAUCUAUUACGUUUGAAAUAUCAUCCUUCAAACCGAAAAGCGACUACAUCGACAGUUCAAGAAAAGUUUCAGCUAUCUGUGGUACCGCCUAAGAAAACACCAACAAUCAAAGCUCGACGAAAACCCAUGCGAGAAGAUGAGAAUGAUCAUGAUUCAGGUGUCGAACGUUCGUCUUCGGAGAAAUCUUUCGAUGACCAUUCGAACCUAAAAUUAUACACGGAAGUGCCAGCUCUUCCGCCAAAAUCUAAACAAACUCAAUUGGCAGAAGAUGAACUAAAACGACCGUUAGUUCAUACAUCAUCACAUCGAUCACGUUCAAAAGAUUCCAUUACACCGAAACCAAUCCUGAAAAAACCUUCGCAUUCAACAUCGCCUCUCCGAAUACCUGCCGAUUACUAUAAUCAAAAGAAAUCGUCAUCAAUUUAUUUGAAAACAUCUCCUUUAUUGAAAAAUACACCAAAGCCAAACCCGCGAAUGAGUUUAAAACAGCAUAACAGUCUAUUAUAA